GGACCAAAUGGAGGGGUUGACUUUAUUGUUGACGAUUUGUCCGUCAUGCCAAUAGCUAAGGAUUGGAACUGGCGCCAUGAAUCAGAUGCCAACAUUAACAAGUUCAGAAAAAGUAACAUUGUUAUUACUGUACACACCCACGGAUCUGUAGAUUUGAAUCAGGUAGAAGUCGAGAUCAAGCAGACAAAGAAAUCAUUUCCUUUCGGGACAGCCAUUUCCAGCAACGAGUACUACCAUGGUGAUACCAGAUACCAAAACUUCGUAAAUCAACAUUUUAACUGGGCUGUUUCAGAGAGCUGGCUAAAAUGGCACAUGAUGGAACCACACAGGGGUCAUAUUAAUUAUGACACACCAAUAAGAGCAAUUAAAAAACUUCGACAGCAUGGAAUCAAAGUACGUGGACACAACAUUAUUUGGUCAGCAACGAAAUAUGUCCAAGAUUGGGUGAAAGCUCUUUCCGGAAACGAACUCAAGAAGGCAGUACAUGACAGAAUCACCGGUGUUGUCGCCAAAACCAAGGACCUCGUGGAACACUGGGACGUGAAUAACGAAAACCUUCACAACUUCUAUUACCAAAACAAACUGCAUGACAUAAACUACAACCUCGAUGUAUUCCGCCAAGCCCACCAGGCAGCGCCAAACGUCAAGAUGUUCCUCAACGAAUACGACGUGGUAGCUGGAGGAGGUACAACGGAGGCGUAUCUAACCCAAGCUCUGAAGUUCAAGCACGCUAACGUUGGACUGUAUGGCUUAGGAGUACAAUCUCAUUUUAAUCACCAGGCUCCAGAUCCAGCACUUGUCAAGAGUCAUCUUGACACACUUGCUCAGGCAGGCCUUCCAAUCUGGGUGACGGAGUUGGACUUUCAUAUUAACGAUGAACACACACGGGCAGACGCCUAUGAAAUGGCUUUGAGAUUAUUCUACGGUCACCCUGCUGUCGAAGGCAUCAUGCUUUGGGGAUUCUGGAGUGAACAUCGCUGGGGUGGAAAAACAUCUGCGCUAGUUAGCGGACAGGAAUUCAGAAUCAACCCAGCUGGACAGAAAGUCUUGCAUCUGUUUGAGAAGGAGUGGAUGACUCACGAGACCCACAGGUUGUCGCAGUCAGGAAAACACUUCACAGUGCGCGCCUUCCACGGGGACUACGAGGUGCACGUGCGCUACAGAGGCCGUGAAGUCACCGACCAGAGACAGACGUUUACUCUGGGAAAAUCUGCACACACCAUCAACCUGCACGUCUCACAUUAGAUGUGUUAAUAAAAUCAUGUCAAAUUAUUCACUUAUUGUCUUGACGUUGCACUUGAUUGGAGAAUUGCACAUAACAAUUUAACUUUAA